GCAACAACAGCAUACCUCGCUCCAACUCCAGAAAAUCGCUUCCCAGUUUCUGCCACAGGUUUCUAUUCAACAUGUCUGCCCCUCCUAUCACAAAGCUCAAAAACAAAAUCGCUGAAAAGGAAGCAGAGAGAAUAGUGAAGACACUUAAUCUGUUGCCAGCGCGGGCUGUCUGUCUCAGAAACCAGGGCAUGUUCAGCAAGACUGUUCGCGUCGAGCUCAAAGACAGUCGCAUCGUCAUUGUCCAGUUCAAAGAUAAUGAAAUCGAUGUUACAAAGGUGGCUCUGGCCCGUGGCUGUCUGGGAAACGUUGUUCCCGAAACCUUUGCUGUCAAGUCAACUGUGGCUGCAUUCGCGUACGUUUCUGAGUAUAUCGAUGGCAAAAUGUGGUGCGAAUGCAAUUGCACUGUGGAGGAGAAUUGCCGCAUAGCAUCUUCGCUCGCUCAGUUGCUGUUAGGUUGCGUAUUUGGCACCAGCCCUCUUUCCUGUGCUGGACUAGUCGACAAUUACAUUGUCCCGCGCUUGCGACGAAUUUUGGAAAUCGAAUUGAAGGACGUCACGUACGAACCCCUGAAGAAGAAGAUACGGUCCCUGCUUGAGCAAUGCAACGGACUUAAGGCUCUCCCCCUGGCUUUGAUCCAUAUUGAUCUCAAUGCUCGUAACAUAUUCUUGGACUCGUUCCAUGAACCUAACGGCAUAGUGGACUGGGAACAAGCUGAGAUCUGUCCACUCGGGUUCAAUGUAUGGUGCAUCCGAUAUCUGAGUGUUCCUAUUUACAACAGGAAGGACUGCCCUGCGGAGAAAUCUGCUCCGAUGGCUGCGGCGUUCUGGAAGAGCCUCAUUGCAGGUUUACCCGCGCAUUUACGUUCACACGCGCCUGCAAUUCUUGUUUCCGCACAAAUCGGAUUCAUUUUUAGUAACUUUGUUGGUUAUGUUGGCCCGCCGGACGAUGAGUUGCCUUUGACUCUGGAGCGCAUGGAAUGGCUUGAAUCCACCUUCAAUGAAGCUUUGUGAUACACCUGUUGUCUGCACCUAGGGUUU